AUGUCUGAUGAGGUUAUUUGGGAUGUCAUAAACAACCAGUUUUGUUCGUUCAAAGUCAAGACGAAACAGGACCAAAACUUUUGUCGAAACGAAUACAAUGUGGAAGGUCUCUGUUCCAGAAAAGCAUGUCCUUUGGCUAAUGCUCAAUAUGCCACCGUCAAGAAUAUAGAUGGGAAGAUGUAUCUGUACAUGAAGACAGUCGAAAGAGCACAUUUGCCUUCUAAAACCUGGGAACGAGUCAAGUUGAGCAAGAAUUACAAGAAAGCACUAAAGCAAAUUGGUGAACAUUUGAUUUACUGGGACAAAUACAUAAUUGACAAGUGCAAGCAAAGACUGACACGUUUGACACAGGUUGUCAUUACCCAAAGAAGAAUAGCCAUGGAGGAUGAUGAGAGACAGUAUGUCAGUGUGAAGAAGAAGGUGAAGAGAAGAGAACUGGUCAGAGAGAGAAAAGCUCUGAUUGCUGCCAAAUUGGAGAGGGCUAUCGAGUCUGAAUUAUUGGAUAGACUGAAGUCCGGAGCAUAUGGUGAUAGACCCCUCAACGUUGAUGAAGACGUUUGGCGUAAGGUUCUUGGAAUUGUUGGUGAUGCCAACGGCGAUCAAUUGCAAGAGGAUGAAGAUGAAGACUCUGAUGUCGGUCAAGUUGAAUACGUUGAAGACGAGGAUGAAGACGAAAUGGUUGACUUGGAAGACUUAGAAAAAUGGUUGGGAGAUGCUUCAGACAGGGAGUCCGACAAUGUUUCUGAUGAGUCUGACGAUGAGGAGCUCUCUGGUGAAGAUUCUGAUGAUAAGCAUUCCGGGAAGAGAGCCAAAGGUAAAACCGCAAAUAAUAAAAGAAGAAGAACUCAUGUCGAGGUUGAAAUUGAAGAGGAGCCCUUACAAACAAAUAUUGCCAUUUAG